GAGCGGCGCUGCCCGGGAAGGGAGCGCGGAGCCGGGGGCCGGCCCCGAGAUGUCGCGCUGGCUAUGGCCGUGGUCGAGCUGCAUGAAGAAACGGGCCUGUCGCUACCUGCUCCAGCAUUAUCUGGGCCAUUUCCUUCAGGAGAGGCUCAGCCUCGAGCAGCUCAGCCUCGAUCUCUACCAGGGCAGCGGGGCCCUGAGGGACAUUCACCUCGAAAUAUGGUCGGUGAACGAGUUGCUGGAGUCGGUGGAUUCUCCGCUGGAGCUGGUGGACGGGUUCGUGGGCUCCAUCGAGGUGGCGGUGCCCUGGGCCGCCCUGCUCACCGACCACUGCACCGUGCACGUCACUGGCCUCCAGCUCACCCUGCGGCCCCGGAGCCGCCAAGCCUCCGGGGGAUCGGAGUCCCAGGGCUGGGCCUCUUGUAUGACCACCAGUCUCCAGCUGGCCCAGGAGUGCCUGCGGGAAGGGGCCCCCGAGCCGGCCGAGCCCCCGCAGCCCCUGGAGGGGCUGGAGAUGUUCGCUCAGACCAUCGAGACGGUCCUGCGGAGGAUCAAGGCGACGUUCCUGGACACCAUCGUGCGAGUGGAGCACGUGCCGGGGAGCGGCCGGAGCGGCCUGGCCGUGGAGAUCCACAUCCAAAGACUGGAAUACUGUGACGAGGCGGUGCGGGAUCCGAGCCAGGCGGCCACCCCGGUGGACGUACACCAACCCCCGGCCUUCGUGCACAAGCUGCUGCAGCUGUCCGGCGUCCGGCUGCACUACGAGGAGUUCAGCGCACAGGAGGAACCGCCCGCCCCCGCCAGCGACCCCAGCGUCCCCAGCCCCCCUUUACAGAUUGGUAGUUGCUCCGGGUACAUGGAACUGACUGUGAAACUCAAGCAGAAUGAAGCUUUCCCGGGACCCAAGCUGGAGGUGUCCGGGCAGCUGGGAUCCCUGCACCUGCUCCUGGCUCCUCAGCAGAUCCUGCAGCUCCAGGACCUGUUGAAUACCCUCAGCCUGGCGGAGCCGAAGGGGCCGCCCGAAAAGCCGAGUGCGAGCCGCCCGCUGGGGGCCGAGGACCUCCGGCUGAUCGAGCAGGACUUGAGCCAGCAGCUGCACGGGGGGCCGGCGGGCGGCCUGCCCCCCGACGCCGACCCCUUCGCGGGCGCGGACGGCGCAGACCUGUUCUUCUCCAUGGCGGCCCUGACCAGCAGCGUGUCGUCCGCCCGCUCCGUUUCCGAGCUGUCGCUGUCGGACGUGGACCUGGGGUCCUCCCUGCACAGCGAGGGUCCCCCUCGCCGGCCCCACCCGGCCCUGCACGGCCUCAGCCGUCUGCCUGGGAAGCCAGCUCCCUUGCCCCCCCUGGAAAACCUGCGCCCCGAGUCCCUGAUGAAGGUGACCCUGGGGGGCGUGACGCUGACGGCCCUGCAGCAGCCCCCGGGGGUCCCUCCCGGCUGCCCGCCUGACCUCUCCGCCCGCUUCUUCGCCGAGUUGGACGCCGCCAAAGACGGCCCCUUCGCUUCCCGGGACUUCCACCACCUCCGGCCCCGCUUCCUCAAGGCCUGUCCCCGCAGCCACAUCCGGCUAACGGGCGCGGCGGUGCAGCUGAGCUGGGAACAGCGCUCCGGGAGCGGGGGCAGCCGGGCCCUGAGCUCGGAUCUGCGGUUCGGCCAGCUGGAAGUGCUGGAGUGUCUGUGGCCCGAGGGGGCCGCCGACCCCGAGUACACCGAGAUGCUGAGCUUCCCCGGCGGCUCUUGCUACGAGGCCUCAGCCCGGCCCUGCGCCCACCUACGCUACACUCAGACCCAGCGCCGGGUCCCCAAGAGCCCCCGCGGGCGGGCCGCCUCCAGCCAGCACAGUGCCGAGCUGACCCUGGAGCUGGCCGACUUCCAGACGGACGUGGAGCUGGGCAGCCUGGACCGAGUCGUGGCCUUCCUGCGCCGGGCCACCACACCCCAGGACCGCGACCCGGGACUGCUGGCAGAGCAGCCCCCCGUGAAGGAGCGGCAGACGGCGGUGAGGGUGGCGGCCCCCAAGGCCACCCUGCGACUCCGUUUCCCCGUCCCGGACCUGCGGCCGGAGCGGGACCCGUGGGGAGGAGGGGCCGUGCGCGGGGAGCGACUGCUGCUGCUCCUCAGCGAUCCCGAAUUCCGGACGGAGCUGAGCCACGGCCCCGGCCCGCCGCCCCCCACCCGCCUGGAGCUCACCUGCAGCGACCUGCACGGGACGUACGAGGAUGGCGACAAGCCGGCCGUGCCCUGCCUGCGCGUCUCCAAGGCCCCCGACCCCAAGGGCCCCAGCCGCAAAUACGUCCUGCCCAAGGUAGUGGUCACCCUAAACCCCCAGUACGGCGGCUCCCAGUGGGACCUGGUGCUGGAGAAGGGGGAGGACCCGGAGCUGUCGUCGGCCGAGAGUCCGUGCGAGCUGCGGGAGCCCGAGCCCUCGCCCUUCUCCUCCAAGAGGACCAUGUACGAGACGGAGGAGAUGGUGAUCCCCGGGGACCCGGAGGAGAUGGCCGAGUUCCAGAGCCGGACGCUGGCCCUGUCCCGCUGCAGCCUGGAGCUGACCCUGCCCGCGGCCCACAUCUUCCUGCCCAGCAAGGAGGUCUACGAGAGCCUCUACAACAGGAUCAACAACAACCUGCUGAUGUGGGAGCCGGGAGACCUGCUCCCCGAGCCCGGCCCCCCGCCCGGCCCCGGGGGCUUCCCCACGCCCCCCAACCUGUGGCACGACCACUUCAGGAUGUGCAAGUCGGCCUUCAAGCUGGAUUCCGACUCGGAGGACGAAGACGCCCCUUUUAUCUCGGCGGAGGAGCCGGGGGGCCCCCAGCGGGCCCCAGCCAAGCCCCGGAGCCCCCGCGCCCAGAGCGGCUUCUCCACCCUGGUCACGGUGCUGCGGGGCCGCAUCACCGCGCUGUGCGAGGCCAAGGGGGAGAACGGGCAGAAGCUGGAGGAUUCGCACGGGGAGCUGGUCCUGGACGUGGAGCAGGGCGCCGUCUUCAGCGUCACCCGGUACCGGGGCCAGCCGGGCCUCGGCUACCUCUGCGUGGAAGCGGACAAGGCCGCGCUCUACCACCGAGCGGUGGUGGAGGACUACCUCCCGCCAGCCCGCCUGCAGCUGCCCAGCUUCACCCCCCCGGCCCAGCUGGCGCCCACCAUUUACCCCUCCGAGGAGGGGGUGGCGGGCAGGGAGACCCCCGGGCGCAAGGGCCGAGGGCCCCGCAUGCUCUCCUCCGCCGUGCGCAUCCACCUCGAUCCCUGCAAGAACAUCAAGGAGUUCCUGGUGACCUUGAGGCUGCACGGAGCCACCCUACGCCAUCACAUGGCCCUGCCCAACCAGAGCUGGUACUCGCAGCUGCUGGACUUCCUGGAUGUCCUGGACGAGCCCAUCCUGGGUUACCUGCCACCCACUGUUAUCACAGUCCUGCACACGCACCUCUUCUCCUGUGCCGUUGACUACAGGCCUCUCUACCUCCCGGUGCGGGUCCUCAUCACUGCCGAGACCUUCACUCUCUCCAGCAACAUCGUCAUGGACACGUCCACCUUCCUGCUCAGGUUCAUCCUCGACGACUCCGCCGUCUACCUGUCUGACAGGUGUGAAGUCGAGACCCUCGACCUGCGGAAAGAUUACGUCUGCGUCCUGGACGUGGAUCUCCUGGAGCUCGUGAUCAAGACCUGGAAAGGUAGCACAGAGGGCAGACUGAGCCAGCCCCUGUUUGAGCUGCGCUGCUCCAACAACGUGGUGCACCUGCACAGCUGCGCCGACUCCUGUGCCCUCCUCGCCAACCUGCUGCAGUAUGUGGUCAACUCCGGCGACCUGCACCCGCCGCCCCGGCCCCCCAGCCCCACCGAGAUCGCCGGCCAGAAGGUGCAGCUGUCGGAGAGCCCCGCCUCCCUGCCCUCCUGCCCCCCGGCAGAGACCGCCCUCAUCAACCAGCGGGACCUGACGGAUGCCCUCAUCGACACGGAGCGGAGUCUGCGCGAACUGGCAGCGCCCACAGGCUCCGGGCCCCCGCCUCAGGCCUCUCCUGUGUCUGUUUACCUGUUCCCAGGUGAGCAGAGCGGGGCCCGGCCCCCUCCGCCCCCUGCCAGUCCCCUCGAGGGCAGCGUGGGGGCCACUGAGGAGGAGGAGGAGGAGGAGGAGGAGGAGGAAGAGGAGCAGGAAGGGGACGGGGACGCCCUGGACAGCGAUGACUUCUGCAUCCUCGACGCCCCCGGCCUGGGCAUCCCUCCCAGGAAUGGGGAGCCAGUGGUGACGCAGCUACAGCGCGGCCCCAUCACCGUACGGGACGGCCACUUCUCGCGGCCCCUGGGCAGCACGGACCUGCUGCGGGCCCCCGCCCGCUUUCCCGUGCCCACCAGCCGCCUGGUGCUGCGGGAGGUCUCGCUGGUCUGGCACCUCUAUGGGGGGCGUGACUUUGGUCCCCACCACAGCCACAGGACGAAAUCCGUGCCGCUGGGGCCCCGGGGCUCGCCCUCCCGCCGCUCGGGCCCCAACCGGCCCCAGAACUCCUGGCGCACCCAGGGGGGCAGCGGGCGCCAGCACCAGGUCCUCGUGGAGAUCCAGCUCAGCAAGGUGAGCUUCCAGCACGAGACCUACCCGGCGGAGCCGGGCGCGGGGGGCUGCGGGGAGCGGCCCCUGGCCCGCCAGGUGUUCAUCGUGCAGGAGCUGGAAAUCCGGGAUAGACUGGCCUCCUCCCAGAUCAACAAGUUCCUGUACCUGCACACCAGCGAGAAGAUGCCCCGCCGCGCCCACUCCAACAUGCUGACCAUCAAAGCCCUGCACGUGGCCCCCGAGGCUGGCCUGGGGGGCCCCGAAUGCUGCCUCCGCGUCUCCCUGAUGCCCCUGCGGCUGAACGUCGACCAGGACGCCCUGCUCUUCCUGAAGGAUUUCUUCACCAGCCUGGCGGCCGGCAUCAACCCCGUGGUCCCUGCGGAGACGGCCGCGGAAGCCCGCCCUGAUCCCGGAAGCCGGCUCGCUGCCCCCCAGGAGGGAGGGGAGGGCCAGGGGCCCGAGACGGCGGGCUCCUUGGGUGCCACCUGCAGCGAGCACAGCUUCUCCUCCUCCUCCUCCUCCUCCUCUUCCGCCGCCACGGAACAUCAGCCCAUCUACUUCAGGGAGUUUCGUUUCACCUCGGAGGUGCCCAUCUGGUUGGAUUACCAUGGCAAACACGUCACCAUGGACCAGGUGGGCACCUUUGCUGGGAUCCUCAUCGGUCUGGCCCAACUCAACUGCUCUGAACUGAAGCUGAAGAGGCUCUGCUGUCGUCACGGGCUCCUGGGAGUGGACAAGGUGUUGGGCUACGCCCUGAACGAAUGGCUGCAGGACAUCCGCAAGAACCAGCUGCCGGGACUGCUGGGGGGCGUGGGCCCCAUGCACUCGGUGGUCCAGCUCUACCACGGCCUGCGAGACCUGCUGUGGCUGCCCAUCGAACAGUACCGGCGGGACGGGAGGAUCAUGCGGGGGCUGCAGCGCGGGGCCGCUUCCUUCGGCUCCUCCACCGCCUCCGCCGCCCUGGAGCUCAGCAACCGCCUCGUGCAGGCCAUACAGGCGACGGCCGAGACCGUGUACGACAUCCUGUCCCCGGCGGCGCCCGUCUCCCGCUCGCUGCAGGACAAGCGUUCCGCGCGGCGCCGGCUCCGCCGCGGCCAGCAGCCCGCCGACCUGCGAGAGGGCGUCGCCAAGGCCUAUGACACCGUCCGAGAGGGCAUCCUGGACACGGCCCAGACCAUCUGCGACGUGGCGUCCCGGGGGCACGAGCAGAAGGGGCUAACGGGGGCCGUCGGGGGCGUGAUCCGCCAGCUGCCCCCGACCGUGGUGAAGCCGCUCAUCCUGGCCACGGAGGCCACGUCCAACCUCCUGGGGGGGAUGCGCAACCAGAUUCUGCCCGACGCCCACAAGGACCACGCCCUCAAAUGGCGCUCCGACGAGGCCCGGGACUGAGGCCCGUCCCCCGUCCCCGCAGGUCCCCGGGGACCGUCCUUCGGGCCCCCGGCUCCUCCGGCCCCGUGGCCGUUGACUUCGACCUUUGACCCGGCCCCCAGGGACAUCUCCGAAGUCUUCGCCGCCCGCCCGGGGCCGGAGGAGCCUCCCCCCGUCCCAGGCCUUGCCCCCAAGCCGUGGACGGGGCCACCUCCCCAGUCCCCCCUCCGUCAUGCACCGCUGCCUUGCCCCGGGACAGACUUCCUCCCACCCUGGGAUCUCCUCCAGCCAAGUGUCUUGCUGUGUCGCAGGGGCCCGGGCCCCGGGACACGCGUGUUCCAUGUAUUUUUUUCUUUUUAAGCCCCGCGUCGUCGUGGGCCGCGGCGUCUGCAUGAAGCGGAAUAAAAUCCCCCAGCCACCUCUG